AUGGCACAACAAAAUGAAUCCAAAACAUCUGACCCUGAGGCUCAACCUGCGUGUGACCAGAUGACCACUCAAUCAGGUUUGGAAAGCGCGGCCAAGGAUGCCGGCGCUGAUGUUGCUUCUCCAUAUGGGACUCGUUCUCGUAACAGGAACGGCAACUCGCGUAUCAACUACGCCGAGGACAGGGACAUUGAUGCUGAUGUUUAUGACUACUAUCACGACAAGAAAGAAAAUGACUCCAAAAAGACUUCCCGUCAGUCCAGCGCUGCUGUGAACGGAGAUGUGCCUCGUGGUGGUGCCAGCUCGCGCAAGGCUGGCACAGACGAGCCCAAGCCAGCGCAGCCCGUAAAUGCCCCCAAGGAGCAACAGGCUGGUGGCUCAAGCAAUGCGCCCACGACAACUCAACCGCCUGCUGCUUCGCAACCUACACGGAAGCGCAAGGUCACAACCAGUUUGGCAGCUUCCACUAACCAAGCGACACCAACCAACAGCUCCACCAAAAAAACAACAGCUUCUGGACCGCCUGCGGGCAUCUCAUGGCCCGAAACCAACAUGUUGACUUUUGACAACUGCAAGGGACAACCCGUUGAUGGCCAGAUGGUAGCCGACGAUGGCACGGUGCUUGAGCCAAAUGAUCAUGUGUACCUUGUCUGUGAACCACCUGGGGAGCCCUAUUACCUGGGGCGCAUAAUGGAAUUCCUUCAUGGAAAAAAUGACAGCAGCAAUCCUGUGGAUGCAAUCCGCAUUAACUGGUACUACCGACCAAAAGAUAUUGGUCGAAAAUCCCCAGACACACGUAUGGUCUUUGCGACGAUGCACUCCGACAUCAGCCCGUUGACUGCGCUGCGCGGAAAGUGUCAGAUUCGCCACAAAGCUGAAAUCACCAGCAUGGACGCUUAUCGAAAGACCCCCGACAGCUUCUGGUACGACAAGCUCUAUGAUCGGUAUAUCCAGAAGAACUACGACUUGAUUCCAACGCGUUCUAUUGUCAACGUUCCAGCCAACGUGAAAAAGGUUCUCGAUGAGCGCUGGAAAUACGUGCUAGUCGAGCAGGGGCGUGGCAAGGAGCUCACUAGCGCCGUUAAGCUCUGCAAGAGAUGCACCGGCUAUUGCGCGAGCCCGCCCCUACUAAAGAAACCAUCCAGAGGUUUCGCAUGGUCAUGUGCUGCAUGUAGUCGCGCUCAGGAAAGGAAGUUGAACGCUCGGAACACUCCUAACGUCAAUGAUCCUAGCUUCGACGGCGACGAUGAAGAUCCGAUGGAUGAAGAGGAUGAGGAGAUGCAAGGGGCUGAGACUAGUCGCACAACGCCCGAGGAUGGAGAACAUGAACAUCCCGAGGGCACCGCAGAACAGAUUUAUCAAGCCUCUCUGUGGCCUUACCGGUACCUGGGAAUGCAUUGCAAGCCCGAGGACGCGCUCGACUACGACGACAGAAUUUAUCCCCGCGCGAGCACCAGAAUUGGGCCCAGGAAUCAAGCAACUGUUUUGCCAUGGCCAGGACAGCCAGUUGAGUACGUCAAGCCACUCGAAAUCAAGAAGAAUGGCAAGAAGGAUACCAAGUCCAAGGAGGCAUUGGCUGCAAUCGAAGCCGAGAAGGCCUCGCGUGGCAAACGACCAAAAUGGGUGCAGGACAUGCCUCCUGGAUACACUGUUCGAGGGGAGGAUUAUGAUGAAGAUGAUCUCAACUGCACUGCGACACCCAUGUGGAUACCCCCCUCAGAAGACGUCAUUAAAGAGAAGGAAAUUAAUCAGUACAUGGAGAAGGCCAAAGCGAUGGCUAAGGAUCUCGGAGUGCCAGAACGCUCGACCAACCUUCAGGAUGUCGCCGCCGAUACACUGUUCCACGCAGGGUUUGAUACCAAACGUUCCCUAAGACUUCUUGCCGGGACAGAGAAGGUAGCAUUCAAAGAACCAGAACUCACUCCAGCAGAACAAAAGAAAUUCGAGGAAGCGGUUAUCAAAUAUGGCUCCGAACUUUAUCUUGUUAGGAAGCAUGUCAAGACCAUGCAUUAUGGUAUGGUGACUCGAUACUACUACGCCUGGAAAAAGUCAGAACGUGGCAAGCAGGUUCUGGAGAAUCAGGCGGGCCGAAAGGGCAAGAAAGAAGCCAAAAAAGCAGAAGCUGCUGCUAAAGAGCUUGCCGACGACGUUGCGGACCACGAUGACGAUUCGGCUUUCGAUGCAGAGAAGGCAAUCCAGAAAAAGCGAGGUUUCAUCUGCCAAUUCUGCUCAACAACUUCCUCGCUACAAUGGAGACGUGCUCCAAACGCCAUUCCUGGAGCCGUUAACGAUGGUGGCUCCAAAGCCUCGAACAAGGAGAAGGGUCAGGAGCGAGUGGCAGCUCUGUGCCGUCGAUGCGCCGAACUAUGGCGUCGGUACGCUAUUCGAUGGGAAGACAUGGAAGAGGUGGCUAGAAAGGUGGCCCAGUCGGGUGGCCGAGCUUGGAAGCGUAAGCAAGACGAGGAACUCCUUAAGGAACUACAAGCUGCAAAGGACAUGGGCUUGAUGACACCAGAACGUGCCCCAACGCCCACAGCAGUCCCGGCAGUUGCCAGCGUGCAAGAACCACCACGAAAGAAGCUCAAGGGAGCACCAUCGGAUAAGGAUGCGGAUAACGGCCAUUCUGAUGCUGCCAGUGUGGCCGGCUCUACCACAUCCAAGAAGAAAGACAAGAGCGUCGAAAGCGUCACAGUCCCCGAAAUACCCAAGCCCCGAGUUCUACCUUGCGCCGUCUGUGGUGUAUUGGAGCCGCAGGGAGAUCAGCAUUUGUCAUGCCGCGAAUGCCGCUUGACGGUGCACCGCAGCUGCUAUGGUAUCAUGGAUAACCGUCAUUCUGGAAAAUGGACCUGCGAUAUGUGUGCCAAUGAUAAGAAUCCACAAGUUUCCAUCCACUACAAAUGUGUUCUUUGCCCCGUCGAGUACACCGAACAUGAUUUUGUUGAGCAGCCUAAACCCACGCACCACAAGAAGAAAAUGUCGGAGAAAGACCGCGAGAGAGAGCGCCUCGAGAUCGAACAGGCUCGAAAAGCUGCCGACUUUUACCGCAAGAAGCAGGAAGAUAUGAACCGACCAGUCAACCCUCGGGAGCCGCUCAAGAGAACUGCGGAUAACAACUGGGUGCAUGUUACUUGCGCCGUUUGGACUCCAGAGGUGAAGUUUGGCAACGCCAAGGCGCUGGAACCCUCGGAAGGCAUUCCUUCUAUCCCAAGGAGCAGGUACGGCGAGACCUGUCAAGUCUGCGACAAGAAUGAUGGGGCUUGUGUCUCUUGUCACCAGUGUCAUAUUCCACUGCAUGUGGAGUGCGCACGCCAAAAGGGGUACAUUCUUGGUUUUGAAAUGACGCCCGUGAAGAGUUCUCGGAGGGACCAAUUCAACAUUGUAACCAUCAAUGGGGAGAGUGGCACCAUGUCGGCAACUGUUUGGUGUAAGGAUCACGCUCCUACCAAGACUACCGUUCAUCAGAUGCACGACGUCGUGGACGAUUCGGGACUCAACACUUUACAGCUCUAUGUACAAAACUUCAAACAAGCCGACCUUACCCUGACAGGGACUGUUCGCAAAGCCACCCUCAUGACGAAUGCUGCCAAAUUGACAGGCACAACGACUCAAUUAGGUCUGCGCAGGUUGUCGACAACGAACAUCUCUUCCGGUGGAUCAAGUCAGCAGCAGCGUAGCGGGGAUGCAGAAGACAUAACACGCGAAUCAAAGCAACCAGGAGAGAAGGUUUGUAUCACUUGCGGCAUCGAUGUCAGUCCGAAAUGGUGGCCGAUCGACAACUCACAAGAACGUGAGCUUACUAACGGACAUUACGGCACUCUUGGAAGUGAGGCACAGAAGUUUAUGGAGCAGAGGCGAUUCCAGUGCCACAAGUGUCGUAAGGCCCAGCGCACUGCAAAGCCACACCCUCACCUGCAACCAGUGCGGCAGUCACCUAUCAUAGCAGAGGCUCCGAUGCUUCCAGCUCACGAAGCGGGCAUUCCAGUCACGGCGGCUCCCCCUCUGCGCAGCCCACCACAGGUAAUACCUGUCAAUCGCGAGGCGCACCCUGCUGCGUAUGCCUGGCCUCCUCACGUUCAUGCCCAGACAGGACCUCCGCCAAUGCAAGCACCUGCGCUUGUAGCAGACCAUGCCCUUGGAGCCCGACCACCAGUUCCUCACGGUUAUGCAGCCCCGCCUCCAAGACCAUCAUAUAAUGAAUGGGGACGCCCGGCAAGCCAGCACGGCUCUCCUCCCAGACAUAUAAACGGGGGACCACCUAUCCAUAACCCACCGCCUAUAGCGAACCUGUCUUCCUUACGACCGCCGCCGGUUGCAGGACCGGUUGUAGGACCACCGCCACCCGGGCCACCACCUACAAAUCAUCACGGCGGCCAUCCCCCGCAACCAUACACUAAUGGACUGCCUCCGUCCCCUCGUCGACUUAAUGGACCAGCACCUCCCUCUCGAUAUGCUCACCCGUACCAGCCUCACGGGCACCACGCUCAUCCGGCACACCUACCGCCCCCGGGCAUGACGAAUGGGGCUCCACCUCCACCACCACCCAGAAACGAUGGAUUUCCUCAUGAGUUGCAUCCUCAAAGACCUCCAUACUCUCUGUCCCAAACGAGCCCACCUAGCUCUCGAAAUGGGCUUCCGCCCCCGCAAAGCCGCCCGGCGAGUGGAGCGAGUGCUAGUCCUUCACUCCGAAACUUGUUGUCGUGA